CUGGCCACCGCACCGGCACCGGCACCCGACACACGAGACGGGAGCAAAAAACUAAAAAAAAAAAAAAGAACGUAGUCAAAUAAUAACAGUGAAAAAACAACGGCCGCGCACGCACACGGGAUCCACGAACGCUCGUCGCCGUCGUCGUCGUCGUCGUCGUCGCCCGUCGCCCGUCGCCGCCCGUCCGUCCGCCGCACACGGUCGUCGCGUCUCGCACAGUCGCCGUCGCGCCGUCGCCCGUCCGUUGUCCGUCGCCGUAGCAGUCCGCCGUCGUCGCCAGUCGUCGCAUACGCAGCACACGCGCGCGCUCGGGCCUAACUCCGCGGACGCCAACCCCCUCGAGCAACGGAGACGACAAGCACGCGGGGGACGCACACGCACGCCGUGGUGCAACGCGGAGAUCAAUCGGUUGACAUUUUUCCAAAGAUUUACACCGUUGUGAUUCGAUUUUAAUUACUAUUGUUAACGGUUCGAGUACGUGGGAUUUGAUUUUGAUUUUUCUGAUUAUUUUUUAAUUUCUCCCAUCCCGUAAAAAAAAAAAAAAACGUAUUCUGUUAUCACGUAAAUCGUAUUUGUUCAGUCGUCCGAUGUCGUCGCCGUCACUGUCGCCGUCGCCGUUGCCGUCGUCGUCGUCGUCGUCGUCGUGCCGCAGUAUCACCGUGUCGAGUGCGAAACGUUUUUCACGAUGAUCACGGAUUUUCGCGCUUUGUUUUUCGCCCGAGUGAGUGAACGAGCGAGUGCCGCGUCGCUCUCGUAAACCGCGUCGUACUCAGCGCACCUGUAUAUAUCAAUUUUGACAUUUACGUUUUUGUUUUUUUUUUUAAAUAUUAUUAAUAUUAAUACAUCGAAUUGUUUGUUAUUAUUUUGAAAAUUUUUCGUGUUUUUUUUUUUUUUUUUGCUGCGGUUAACCGUAUAUUAAAAUUUCAUCGUUAAAUUUACAUUGUUUGUGCAAGUGCGUCGUGGACGCAGGACGUGCGCGCCUAAUACUACACCACGAUCGGCUGUUUUCACGUCGUCAAAUAUGACGGGAAUUUAAUUACAUCUGUAUGAUAAUAAUAUAAAAACGGCGCGGUCAAAUCAUUGUUCUAAACGUCUUCGCCGCCGUCACAGCCAUCGUCGUCGUCGUCAUCGUCGUCGUCGUCAUCGGGUAGGAGGUUGAAUGGUGACAAUGGCCGAUACGGGAUUGUUGGCUGCACCGGCGGCGACGGCCACAGCGGCUCGGCACAGCAAAGUGCAAACGCCGCCGCUGGGCGUGUACUCAUCGGCCGAGGACACGGACUCCGAAGCCGAAGCCGACCGAACCCGAGACGAGCAGCACGAGCACAACAGACGCCGUCGUCAGCACCAGUUGCAAUUGCAACAACAACAACAACAACAACAACAACACCAAUACCAACAGCAGCAGCAGCCCGUCUGUUUGACAGCCAGGUCGAACGCCGGCAUCACCAACAACAACAACAACAACAACAGCAUCAUUGUCAACAACUGCAUCAACAACAAUAAUAACAACAACAACAGUAGCAGCAGCACGCGGAACAAGCGGAAAAACUUUCAGCCGCGCAACAUCAGCUACACGCAAGAAACGGCCGAGGACGGUCGCGAUAACGGAUACGCGGUGGACGCGGCCGGAGAUCCGGCCGUGGCCGCCGGCGAUCCUGCCACGACCGCUGCCGUGCUCGACCUGAGCGCGUGCACCGGGUCGACUGUGGCCAAGCGGCCGCGCGUCGAUGACGGUUCCGCCCCGAUGGAUCUCACGUGCGCGGUGCAGCAGUCACAGACCACGGACAAACGGCAGUCCGCGUCGGCCGCAGCCGCCGCAGCCGCAGCUGCCGCGGCCGCGCACGGCGUGCAGCACAUACUGGCGGCCGCCGCGGCAGCCGGUCACCAUCCGCACCUGCACCACCAGCCGCACGACGCGACCGACCUGAAGGAAUACGCUCAGAACACGGUCCGCGAGCUGCUGGAGAUCUACGGGCUGAAUACGGACGUGGCGGACGCCAUCACCAACAACGUUCCCAUGGUCAACUUUUCCACCGGUCGCAUAUUGGAAUCGUUGGCCGCCCGAGGCGUGGGACUGUAUCCGGCGCUGGGCUUGCCACUGCUAGCCGCCCAGCAGCACCACAAGCCUGCCAGCGUCUCAUCUCCCAGUCCGCGGUCGAGCCCGGCGAAUUCGGCUCCGUCUUCACCGACUCAAAAGCAGCAGCAACACGCCUCGCCGUCGGUUAUCGUACCUUUGCCGCAGGCGCACAGGGACACGUCCAGUACCACGGCUGCGAUGACGUCACUGGGCAUUCAGACCCUGUCGCCGCACUCGGCGGUCACCGCGCCGCUGUCGGUGUCGACGCCGACCUACACCAAUGCCCAAGAUAACGGAAUAUCUAUACGAUCCUUGAGUCCGUUGGCACUGACCACGACCAGAUCCGAACCUCAGGCGGCCACCCCAUCGUCGAUCGUUUCGGCCCUUAACAACGUGACUAUGGUACUGCAGGGAGCGUCAACGGGGGGCGGAAGUUCGACCCCGACCAGUAGCGAUUAUUCGCGUUAUGUGAGGAGGUUCAGUAGCUGUCAAGAAUGCGGGUCGGCCCGAUGUCGAGAUCUGAACUACAGAGAACACUUCCAUUGUCUCGACUGCAACUCGAGAGUUUUCGUGAAGAAAGAAGAAAUGAUUAGACACUUCAAGUGGCACAAAAAGAGGGACGAAAGCUUACAACACGGUUUCAUGAGAUACUCGCCCAGCGACGACUGUUCCGAUAGGUAUCAGGGCUGCAGUCACAACCGCAAGCAAACUCAUUAUCAUUGCAUACAGGGCACGUGCGAUAAGGUGUACAUCAGUACGUCGGACGUGCAAAUGCACGCGAACUACCAUCGAAAGGACUCGGCUAUUAUACAAGAAGGGUUCCAGCGACUCCGAGCCACCGAGGAAUGCCGGACGCCGUACUGCGGAUUCUACGGACAACGGACCACUCAUUUCCAUUGCAGACGCGAUCACUGCCAGUUCACGUUCAAGAACAAAGCCGACAUGGAAAAACACAAAACCUAUCACAUCAAGGACGAACAGUUGGCCAGGGACGGGUUCAAAAAGUUCAUGAAACCGGACCCGUGCGGCUUCUCCAACUGCCGGUUCUCGCAGGUGUGCAAUCACAUCCACUGCGUGAGGGACGGUUGCAACUACGUGCUGCAUUCCAGCGGGCAACUGUUGAGCCAUAAGCGGAAGCACGAGCGCAAGGACAGCGAGAUAGCGUACAGGAAAUUCAAACUGGCCCAACAGGCCGUGAUGAACAUGACCGGUACCGCGGGCAGCGGUGGGGGUGGCGGGGGCGGGGGCAUGAACCCGGGCGACCAGGUAAGUGACGACGAAUGGAUACCGUGGGACGCGAGACAAGCUCACGCCGCGGCGGAUUCGCAGAUGAACGAGUUGUCGAUAUCACCGAGUGGCUCGCUGCAGUUCCUGCACCAGCAAGCCAACUCACUGGCCUCGCUGUCCGCAUUGGCCGCGCAGGCCGGCGACGCGGCCAGCUACAGCAACAGCUCCAGCGACGCCGGCGGCCCCAUGUCGCCGGUGUCCACCACGCCGCGGGCCGUGUCUAAAACGAGCAGCGGCGGCCAAGGGUUCUUCACGGACAACUCGUCCGCGGCCCCGGACGCCGGGUCACCCGAUGACGUGGAGAUGUGGCCCAGAUACCUGACCCGGUUCAAACCGAACACGUGCACGGGCGGCUCGGGCUGUGUCGUUUAUGAUUCUGACCAUUUCCACUGCAAGGAACCCAACUGCGACGCGCCCAUCAAAAGUCAAGAAUCCGCGGAGAUGCACGCGCGCAACCACGACAAUCAGGAGCGAAUCAGCGAGAGCUUUUACCCCGGCGGACCUGCGUACUGCCAGGACACGUGCACCAAGGAACAACAUUUUCAUUGUGUUUUGGAAGGAUGUUACGAGGCCGUGUUGCCGUCGGAACGGGGCGAACACAUCAAGAGCCACGACAUCCCUUACGGUCAGUACAACUCGUUGGACGCUUUGUUCAGGAGGAAGCGUGGCCGGCCGCCGAAGAACCGUGUGAUCGAGGUGUGGAACGACUACGCCGGCGGGUCCACAGGCGAUUCUCCGCAAGCGAUAUUCACUAGUUUCAAGUUGCCCAAACCAUCGCAAUCGGGACAACAGUCGGAAGAAGCGGAAGUCCCGACUCAGACCACACUGGAACAACAUUGUUUCGAAGAGUACCGUUACGGGUGUCCGGACAAUCUUUGUAAGUACACCAGCGAAGGUGUCGCGUUGCAUUAUCAUUGCCGUCGACCCAGGUGCUUUUUCGCCACCGACAACGACGAACAACUGCAAGCACACUCGACGCAUUUCCACGACAACGUGACCAUCAUGGAGGGAUUUUUGUUCUUCGACAGCUCGGUCGACUGUCGGUUGGAGACGUGCGCAAACAAUACGAUCAACAAACAUUUUCAUUGCGUGAGAGCGGGAUGCGGUUUCUCGUUCACUAGAUACACGCAAAUGGCUCAACAUUUGUUACAGCAUCAAGCCACCGCCGGCCUACAAAUUACUGAUAAAUUAGAAACUCAAAUCAAAGAAGAGAUCAUGUCUCCGACCAGGCCCCAAACCACACCUUCACCAUCCGAUUCAGCUACGAGCCAACGGUCUACAACGGUGGUGAAGGCUUCGGGCACUUUCUACCCUAUGAGCGGCCUAUCGAACGCUAAGAGUUCCUCUCCAAAUUUUUCAGACCCUGCAACCCUGACAGAUAAACCGAAAACGGAUCCCAGUUUGAGUAUCGAACCAGUCGUUACCAUACAAGUCUUACCAGAAUGGAUGAGUUUAGAGCGACAUGAGAAAUACGGACCCGAGCUACCGUGCAGUCGCGCCUUCUGUAAACUUAAGCGGAAAGAACACUAUCACUGUAAUGCAUGCAAUCAGGCUUUCUCGGAAGUGGACAAGCUCAAGCCGCACAUCAUCAAACACACGCCCGGCGCCAUACCGUCGUUUAUGCAAAAAUCCGAAAACAUCAACAACAACAACAACGACGAUACCGAAGAGAUCGUACAACAUCCGCCGGCCCUGACCAUGAUGCCGAUCACUGGCGAUAACAAUCCGGCUGGACUGCCGCACUCGCCUUACCCGCCAGGAUUCGGUGCCGCUAUGGCAGCCAUAGCAGCCAACCAGCAGUUCGCGUCUCUGAUGACAUCCCAAGGAUUGCCUUUCAUGCCACACGCCGCAAUCCAAGCCAUGUACUCGUCGCCGACCAGUAUGAUGUUCGCACCACCGCCCGGCUUCAACCACCACCAGACCAUGUUGUCCAACAACGGGCUGCUGAACCGGGCCGGCGAGGCGGCGGCGGCGGGCAACGACGCGAUGUCCGCCGCGGCGCCGCACCACAACCGGCCAGGAUCGCCGUCGUCGCGGGACAUGAGCCCAGAGAUGCGGAAGGCCCGCGUCCAGAACUCCAUGCGCAUACUCAAGGACGAACCCGUGCCCGAGGGAUACCUUCGGUUCCGGUUCAACGAGGACUGCCACUACACGCACUGCGGCUACAGGGAACACCAGACCCAUUUCCAUUGUAUGCGUCAGGACUGCGGUUACAGUUUCUGCGACAAGACCCGAUUCGUACAGCACACGGCCAGACACGAAAGACUCGACACAUUGAUGGGAGGCGACUUCCAGCAGUACAGGGCUAACGUUUCUUGCGGACGCGCCGAUUGCGCUUACACUUCCGCCAUAAGCACUGGUCAGAACAAAGCGUCGCAUUUCCACUGCCUGAAGUGCGAGUUCGUGUGCACGGACACCAACAAGGUAGUGGCGCACAGGCGCCAGCACCAAAAGCUGGACUCCAUCAUGGCCGCAGGUUUCGAGAAGUUUACGCCGGCGCAGGCGUGCGGCCAGCCGGGUGGUUGCGUGCACUCGGGCAAGCAAACGCACUACCACUGCCUGAGCUGUCAGUACGCCGUGCUGGGCCUGUCGCAGAUGACGGCCCACAAGUACCGACACAUGGAAUAAAUAUGCUCGCGGGCCCGACGUCCCUGCGCCGAUCCCUCGGAGUCCUGCGGACGAGAUGAGACGACUCCGUGCUGUACGGAUUGUGUUGUUAUCGCGUGCACAACAGUCGAACAUCCUCGCGUCGCACGCCGGCCGCUCUCAGUUCCUAUACUUACAUAUUAUAUAAACAUAAAUGUAUAAUUACAUUAAUUAUAUAGUAAUAGUAAUGAAAAUAAACGAAACAAAUAUGUGUAAUCGAAUUUUCUUUCGCGUCGCGUUCCGCCGACCGGAUCUUAUUAUAAUUUAUUAUUUUUUCUUUGGCAUACAUAUAUUAUCACGCGUUAAUAUUUUUGUACACAUACACACACACACAUACUAAGCAUACAGGGUGUACCACAUAGCAAUGUUAUUAUAUCGUAGAACAAAAAAAAAACGUUAUUUAUAUAAUAUACUAUAUUAUACCUAUAUGAUGAUGUACAUUUACUACGUAAUAUAUUAUACAUACCGACUAACUCGUGUGUACACAUGAUAUGUAUAAAUCAUUAUUGUUAUUAUUACUAAUUUUUAUUAUGAAACGCUCAACCGGUAUACAUCGAUGUGUGACGACCGAAAAACCGAUGGAGAUCGCCGACGCAAUGAUAUCCUGGUCCUACGGUGGUUCGAGGGACGGAAACGCUCGGUGCCCGUGUGUUAGCCAUCUUCCUACUCGCUCAUUCUGAAACCGCGCACUCGACUCGCGGACGUUUUAUCAUUCCGAUCCUCGGACUACUGCCCCAACCACUUUUCAAGUCCCGACCGCGCGCGCCGACAAUAUCCUCGUA